AUGAAACGACUAAGCACUCAUAUUACUUUGAAUUCAAGUAAUAAUGCCGUCUACGAAUACUUCAAAUCAAACUAGUGCCUUAAAAUUGAUGCUAAGAAUGUUUGUUGUAAUGGGUGGAUAUCGAAUGAAGAAAAAUAUUUUAAGUUAUUUUUCAAUGAUAUCAGUUACACUAUUAGUCAUGCACAUGUUUCUGGAUCUGGUCCUCAACUGGAAUGGAAUGGAAACUUUAAAACGCGUCAAAUUUUUACCCAGCAUAUUCCUGUGCAAUAUUAAAUCGAUAUCCGUUAUCGUAAAUGCAAGGAAAUUGAUUCAUUUGGUAAACAUGCUAAAACUGUUUUGGCGCAUUGACAUGCUGGAUAAGCCAUUACAAGAUAAAAUGUUAAAAAUACGCAAAUAUACCAACAUCAUUUGUGCAUCGUAUAUUACCGCAUGUUUAUUUCUUUGUCUUGCGUUUUUCGCUAAACCUUUCAUGGAGACAAAUGAAAUAAUACUGGUUUUAUGUGAUUAUUCGUUGUGUGAUUUACAAUCGGCUUGGUGUUGGUGGCCAAUGUACAUUUGGCAAGUUUAUGUUGUUGCAUUACAAGUGUGUCCUUCAACAUUAGGAUUUGAUUGUAUCUUUAUCAUCUUCACUGGAUAUAUUUACACAGCGUGUCAGUUAUUUACAUACGGAUUACAACAAUUGAACGUUGAGGAUUUUACACAAAGAAAUGAUUUCCUUAAACUUGCAGUUUUGCAACAUGACAUAAUGAUGACUUUUGUGAAUCUGGUUGAUGAUUUGUUCAGUAUGGUAAUGUUACUGCAAUUUUGGUGUUCAUUAUGGUCAAUGAUAUUGUUUCUCAAUAUGCUUGUGGCUGAUGGUUUUCCACCAAAAUUUGAUGAUGCAAUAAUUUAUGGCACUAUGUACAUGGUAUUUGUUUUCCAAAUAUCAUUAUAUUCAGUUGGUGGUGCAAUAAUUGAAGACCAGAUUAGAAAUGUAUCUGGUAAUAUAUUUUUGGUGGUUAAUUGGUUUGAAAAAGGACGUACUAGUUUAAGGAAAGAUUUGUCAUUGAUGAUUCAACGAGCACAAAAUACCCGAGUUUUGAGUGCUGGUAAAAUGUCAGAAUUGAAUCUGGCAUUAUGGAUUGUUACAAUGAAAAAUUCGCUUUCUGUGUUCACGUUGAUUUGGCAACUUUCGAAUGCUCCGCAUGCUGAAAUUGAUUAAUAUUUUUUUAAAUUUUUAUAUUACCUACAUCAGUUUUGCUCGCAAUUUCAUUUGAUUGAUUUUAAUAUAAAGUACUCUAAAUA